AUGCGUCUGUCUACUCUCGUUUCGUCCACCAUUCUGGCUGCUGGCUAUGCCAGUGCCCACAACAGCAGCCUAUCUGACUCUGACGCUUCCAUCUGGGAUAAUGUGAAUGAUCUCCAUGUUCGUUCUAAGAUGGAAGAACGUCUUGCCAAGCGCCAAACAACGUGGAACCCACCGUCGAACCUGGUCACGCCUCUGAAGCAAGUGUGGGACCAUGAGAUGUCUACUUACAGCAACCCGCUUGGAUUCAAGAAUUAUGGUUACGAUCAGCUGAUUGCUAACAAGGGGCAAGUCAACUACUGCGUUCGAUGGGAGUCCGGUACCGCGGUGACAGAGGCCCAAAGAAACCAGAUUGCCACUGUACUCCAGGCUCAGCACGACAAGUGGAUGCAGUGGCUCAUCGGCUUCGACAAAUUCCCGUACAGCAGCGUCCCAGUCAAAGUCGUCGGCUGGGCAGUCAAAGACAAGAACCUGCUUCAGGGCUCAACGUCGGGCAUCGACGUCUACACCAACCUUGACAGUGCAGGCGCCCCGGAGUGCAAUCCCGCGUGCGGCCGAUUCUUCCACCAGGACAACAACUACGGAUCCUGCCCUGGCGGUGCUUCACGUCACUACGAUGUCUCACUCUGGCUCACUGAUGGCUUCUCGGGUGGUGCUGGUGGUGACUGGGGUCAGCGUAUCGGCCGUGAGUACUUCAUGGGUGCUCUCGGCACAGCGAACAUCCAUAUACUCUUGCAUGAGAUGGGCCACACCUAUGCUCUCGAUGACUUCUACGACUGGACCCCAACUGGAGUGACCAACUUCAUCAUGCUGGCUGGUUCUGCCACCCUUAUCACAGAUUUCGACGGGUGGAUGAUGCGUGACUGGUGGCGUAACUUGAAGAGCCGUUAUGGGUUCUAA